CUCCGCAGCUCUAAUCUAACAAAUUCUCAAUCACAGUUGCCUCACCCUGCACUCUUCAGCGCCUCCUGCGGGACAUCCACACGCAUUUCACUGCGGCGACUGCCUGGCGACGCUGUCGGUGGAGAAAAGUGAUCGGAUUUCUUGUUUCUGUUCUUGUUCUUUAGAUGGAAAGUGAGAUAGUGAUUACUGUAAAGACAUAGAGAUAAAUCGGGAAAGAUGCGUCGAGAGAUCUCACUUUUGAUGCAGCCGCGCUGCCUCCUCCUCCUCAUCGUCCUUUCCAUUUUCCUCAUCCUCGCAAUCUCCGGCUCGAAGCGGGUGGAAGAGAAGAUUGAAGAAGAGGAGCAUGAAAUCACCCACAGAGUGUACUUGGAUAUUGAUAUUGACGGCCAACGUUUAGGUAGAAUUGUUAUUGGAUUGUAUGGCCAAGUUGUCCCGAAAACUGUUGAAAAUUUCAGGGCUUUGUGUACUGGAGAGAAAGGUAAAGGGGCAAGUGGGAAAGCCCUUCACUAUAAGGGGACACCAUUUCAUCGUAUCAUAUCUGGCUUUGUAGUUCAAGGUGGAGACAUAGCUCAUGGUGAUGGGAAGGGAAGUGAAUCUAUUUACAGUGGCACUUUCCCUGAUGAGAAUUUUAAGAUUAAACAUUCACAUGCAGGUGUUGUUUCCAUGGGUAAUUCUGGACCUAAUGCAAAUGGCUCCCAGUUUUUUAUCACCACUGUCAAGGCUAGCUGGUUAGAUGGAGAACAUGUUGUUUUUGGCAAGGUAAUUCAAGGAAUGGACACCGUCUAUGCGAUUGAAGGUGGAGCUGGGACCUAUAGUGGGAAACCCAGAAAGAAGGUAAUCAUUGCUGAUUCUGGCGAGAUACCCAAGAGCAAGUGGGAUGAGGAAAGAUAAAGCUCCUAGUUAGUAUCGGCACCAGGAGGUUUGUAUUUUCGAGCUAUGCUGAUGAUGAGUUUCCUGCAAAUUGAUUUGCAUUUUCUUCCCUGUAUCGUCUCUUCGAAACACAUCACUGAGCUAGAUCCAACAGUCUUUGUUGGCUCUACUAGGAAAUAUUAUAAUAGUCCUUUCCCUUUUCCUAACCUUCUCCAGUUAUUGUAUCUAGUAACAACUGUCAAACACAAGAAUGUUCAUCCUUCAUCAAUCAGAAAGAACGCUUGUACUUGCAUUGUUUUGUAUUUGCAUUAGAACAAUACCAUUAGUAGGAAGACAACAUUAUUUUUAACAUCAAAUUUUUGUGAAAUUGGAACUUUUUCAAGGGCAGCCUCUUAAUGUUAUGAGGUGUUUGGAUUAAUUGUUUAAAUAUAGCAAAUAGCUUAAU